UGCGCACGGGCCCCACAAGGGCCGGGGCCACCGCGGCGCGCAAAGCCGACUUGGUACGGUCCGCUCCGCCGCGCCCCGCGCCGCCGGAAGUGAGGUGUCUUAUCCCCGGAGUUCCGGUUCGCAGGGGGUGGGGAGUGUUGUUAACCGGAGCGGCUGCCGCAGUCGCCGUGAUAGAGCGGGCUCGCGGCGCUGGGCUCCUGGUCUCUGGGCCAGGGCGAUGUUCCGCACCGCAGUGAUGAUGGCGGCCAGCCUGGCGCUGACCGGGGCAGUGGUGGCUCAUGCCUACUACCUCAAACACCAGUUCUACCCCACUGUGGUGUAUUUGACCAAGUCCAGCCCCAGCAUGGCAGUCCUGUACAUCCAGGCCUUUGUCCUUGUCUUCCUCUUGGGCAAGGUGAUGGGCAAGGUGUUCUUUGGGCAGCUGAGGGCAGCAGAGAUGGAGCACCUUCUGGAACGGUCCUGGUACGCCGUCACCGAGACCUGCUUGGCCUUCACCGUCUUUCGGGAUGACUUCAGCCCUCGCUUUGUGGCGCUCUUUACUCUCCUCCUCUUCCUCAAAUGUUUCCACUGGCUGGCGGAAGACCGGGUGGACUUUAUGGAGCGCAGCCCCAACAUCUCCUGGCUCUUCCACUGCCGCAUCGUCUCUCUUAUGUUCCUCCUGGGUAUCCUGGACUUCCUCUUCGUCAGCCACGCCUAUCAUAGCAUCCUGACCCGUGGGGCUUCUGUGCAGCUGGUGUUUGGCUUUGAGUACGCCAUUUUGAUGACCAUGGUACUCACCAUCUUCAUCAAGUACGUGCUACACUCUGUGGACCUCCAGAGCGAGAACCCCUGGGACAAUAAGGCUGUAUACAUGCUCUACACAGAGCUGUUCACAGGCUUUAUCAAGGUCCUGUUGUACAUGGCCUUCAUGACCAUCAUGAUCAAAGUGCACACCUUCCCACUCUUUGCCAUUAGGCCCAUGUACCUGGCCAUGAGGCAGUUCAAGAAAGCUGUGACAGACGCCAUCAUGUCUCGCCGAGCCAUCCGCAAUAUGAACACACUGUACCCGGAUGCCACCCCGGAGGAGCUCCAGGCAAUGGACAAUGUCUGUAUCAUCUGCCGAGAAGAAAUGGUGACUGGUGCUAAGAGACUGCCCUGCAACCACAUCUUUCAUACCAGCUGCCUGCGCUCCUGGUUCCAGCGACAGCAGACCUGCCCUACAUGUCGUAUGGAUGUCCUGCGGGCAUCGUUGCCAGCCCAGUCACCACCACCCCCUGAGCCUGCUGACCAAGGACCACCCCCUGCCCCUCAUCCCCCACAGCUGCUGCCACAGCCCCCAAAUUUCCCCCAGGGCCUCUUGCCUCCUUUUCCUCCAGGCAUGUUCCCACUGUGGCCCCCAAUGGGCCCCUUUCCACCUGUCCCACCUCCCCCAAGCUCAGGAGAAGCUGCCGCCGCCCCUCCGUCCACCAGCGCAGCUGUUUCUCGGCCCAGUGGAGCAGCUGCCACCACAGCUGCUGGCACCAGUACCUCUGCCCCAGCAUCUGGCUCUGUACCUGGCCCAGAGGCUGGUCCUGCCCCUGGCUUCCCCUUCCCUCCUCCCUGGAUGGGUAUGCCUCUGCCUCCACCUUUUGCCUUUCCCCCGAUGCCUGUGCCCCCCGCGGGCUUUGCCGGCCUGACCCCAGAGGAGCUGCGGGCACUGGAGGGCCAUGAGCGGCAGCACCUGGAGGCCCGGCUGCAGAGUCUGCGUAACAUACACACGCUCCUGGAUGCUGCCAUGCUGCAGAUCAACCAGUACCUCACUGUGCUGGCGUCCUUGGGGCCGCCGAGGCCAGCUACUUCAGUGAACCCCACUGAAGAGACUGCUUCUACAGUGGCACCUGCUGCCCCUUCUACCAGCGCCCCCAGCUCCGAGGUCCCUACCCCAACCCCAGGAGCCUCCCCACCAGUCCCUGAAGCUGAAAAGCCUCCUGCUCCUGAGUCAGUCGGAGCCGCAGAGGAGCUUCCUGAGGACGGAGAGCCUGAUGCUGCAGAACUCCGACGGCGUCGCCUGCAAAAGCUGGAGUCCCCUGUUGCCCACUGACACUGCCCAAACCUGGCCCUGCUCUCAAGUGGCCCUCACUGGAACACGUCCUGCCACCAAGUGCCAGCUCCCUCUCUGCCUGCACCAGGGAGUAAAAACCCCAGCUGAGAGAGAAGUGGCAAGAUCUUUGAGGCUGAGGAGUGGCCGGGUUCCCAGCUGAUCCGUCCUCAGCACCCCUGGCGGCCAUGGGGAUAUUGGUCAGCUCUAACCUUCCUCCUCCACUUCUGCCAUGUUCAUGUUCUACUGGGGCCUUGAAAGAAGCUGAACCUCUGAGAAGCCCUCUCAUGCUUUCUGGGAGAAGGUGAAGCCCCUUCGAGCCCGGCUUGUGAGUAUGGGACCAUGCUGCAGUGCCGAACAGUAUUAGCUUCUGUUCCCUAGUGUGGAAACCCAGAGGGCCUGAAGACAGACCAGGACCUUGCCCCACUCUCCUGCCAAGACUGGUACCAGUCUCCUUCCUCUACCCGGUCUUCCCAGAAACCCCUUUGUGAUGGUGGCUGUGCCCCCUAAGCCCUGUGGCAUUUCCAUGUCUUACUGGCAACCACACAACUCAGGGAAAGGAAUGCCUGGGGGUGGGGGACAGGCGGGCAGCACCGAGGGACCCUGCCCUGCCCCUCCCAGGCUCUUUCCCCAUCUCACCCAGCAGCCACUGCCUGGUGGGCCUGGCUGAGGGUGUGCUGCUCCUUAACCACUGCUUCCCAGAACUCAAGGCAGGCCACCUCCAACCUGUGGGACCCGUGUUCAGGAUUGGGACUGUUUCUGCACCUAGUGGCUUUUGGCUUAAAUUUUGUCUUUUGAAUUUGAAUGCUUGACCCCAGGAAGGAAGAGCCGGUGUGGGGCUAGGUGCCCAGACUUUCCAGUUUAGAACAGGCUCUGGGCCAGGCAGAGACCAUGGAGCCAAGGCCUAGCUGCUUCUUUCUCCCUUCGGUUUUGUGUUACAGGAGUUUGUGGAGACAGUUUCAGAUGAUUAUUUAAUUUGUAAAUAUUGUACAAAUUUUAAUAGCUUAAAUUGUAUAUACAGCCAAAUAAAAACUUGCAUUAAUGA